AUGUCCUUUUCACCUUUUUUUAUGUUAGAAAAUCGGCAUAAACAGCAAACUGACCCAAAAUCUAACUAUAACAACGAGAACCCAUUGCUUUGGACUCAUGUUGUUAAAUCAAAGAGGAAAGGCAAUAACAACAAAAAGAAUCAAUCUAUUGUUUCGUUUAACCCUACUUUGGUUAAUCAUCCUGUUACAGAAGAAGAGUCAUCUCAAAAUGCUCUUAAUGGCUCCAGCCCUCCAGCUCCCAUUGCAGUAAUUCGUCCAUUCAUUAAAGGAAUGGAACAAGAUUCAGUCUUCAUUGAUCUUACCUCAAUCAAGGAUCGAUCUUUGUUAAACAAAGCUCUACCCAAGUUUAAUGAAGAUGCUGAAAACACAGGCUACUACGAAGAUUUUCUUGGUUAUCGAAAGCAAACACGCAACUAUCUGGGACAUGACUUUUCGGAGACGAUGUGGCUUUAUAACAGUGUUGGUCGCAAGACACUUAUUGAAGAAGGAAUUACCUUGGAGGAUGGUACCUUUGUGAAAGGUUUUCCUUCCUAUCCAGCAGACGCUACCAUCGUCCGCUUAACUCUUGAAAAUCUUCCAUUCCUCCCAGCCAUCCAGUUGAAAGAGGAAAUGGCUGCUCGUCUUUCGUGCUUUGGAGAAGUUCUAGAUCAUGGCAUCUCGAGAACUGAUGGCAUCUUUCAUGGUGAAGGGUAUGCUACCUUGAAUCUAAAUUUGUCGGCUACACCUGAAAAUGAAUGUAUGGAAUCCCACGCAGAUGGAUCGGAGUGUUCCGGGUGUGAUCCACGGGAUAAUGAACAGAGAAAAGUACUCCUACAAUGGGAUAAGAUGUCUGACUUCUGUCGUAACUGUCAGAGCUCAGACCAUUGUCGAGCUGAUUGUCCCGACUACAAGAAAUGGGUACGCUGCUACCAUUGCAAUGAGACUGGCCAUGUUAUGCGUAACUGCAGUCGUAAUGGAUCAAUUGACUCCGCUCCCAGCAAGGUCUGUGCAGUGGAGAGAUCCUCAAGUCAGCCAAAACCUAGAAAAGGGACAAACAAAGAUUCUACUGCCUCACCCAAGGCUGCUCCUAAGAAACCAAUGACACAAGAAAAUUCCCCUGCUGGCUCUCUAGUUCCUCAAGGCUACAAGAAUAAUGAAAGAGAUGCAACGGUUGCUCUCAAUGGUAAAAAACGGUGUUGA